AUGAGUGUUUUGGAAACCAAUUUACGACGCAUAAACGAGAUCAACCAGUCCAUACAAACACUCUACUACCGCGCUGGAGGGAUCUUCAGUAAUUCUCUGCUGGAAUCUCUCGACACUACGCAACAGAUACGCGACAUCCAAGAAGAUGAGCUCAUCCUGCUUAGGGGCCAGUCGCUAGCGCAGUUAGACGUGGAUGAGGGUAGCGUGCCACAACUGGCUGCCGUGAAAAGCUCUCUAGAGCAGCUGAAAGACGACCCAAACGAGGACGCGAUGGUGCGGCUCAGCCUGAUGUACCAACGGCUACUGCAGUACGCAUCUGUCUACAAAAUCGAGGAGUCGCAAAGAAACGCGAUCCAGGAAAAUCUCAACGAAGCCACGGCCGCUGUGGCCGCGCUAAACGAGUACAGAACGGCGCUGGAGGCGAUGCAGGAUGAGCUUGUGAUAUGGAACCAUUUGGGGGUCCAGGGAGGAGUCCAGGGCGAAAUGGUGGUGGCAGUCGCGUCUGAGGACAGCGAGGAUGUCGCUGGGCUGAUCGAGAAGGAGGAAGCCGAGCUGGCGGCUCUGUCGGAGGACAAGAGCUGA